AUGAGCAAUCCCCGAGUUUCGCGGAGCAGCGCCAGCGUUUUCCGCGGUUCGUUCCUUCAGCUCGUCUCCCGCAUCCCCCUCGCGCUCAUCCUCUGCGCCGCUGUUCUUCCGCGCGCCUGCGGCGAUGCUCCCACAUCAUGUUCCGCCAGUCAUUCUCCCCCCCAUUCCCCCGCGCGCGGCAGCUGUUCCGCCUCUACUGACGCUGAAGGCUUCCCGCGCUAUGCUGCGCCAGUGGGGGAAGCGCCAGCGGGGGAAGCGCAUGUGGGCGGAAAGCCAGUCGGGGGGGAAGCUGGGAUUGGCGGAGCAGAAGGGGACUCAGGGGAACUGUGGGGGAGCAGUGGAGGGGGCAGCGGAAGGAGGAUGGAGGAAGAAUUUGGUUGGCUGUUGGAUGAUGCUGACGUGGACGCGGAUGGGGUUGAGGGAGGGGAGAACGAGGAGGAUGUGACAAUAAGAACGAGGGAGGGUGACAGUAACGAGGAGGAGGAACAGGAUAGUUAUCCAAGUCCUGAACUCUUGAAGGAGUCCGGAUUCAUGGAGUAUCUUGAUUGGCUGCGAGACAACGGAGUGGAGGGUGACGUGGCAGCUCCUGGUAGCCCUGUUCGCCUCAAGAUUCUGAGAAUAGAAAUGGCUGCACAAGAGGAGGACGAGGAGGAAGGGGAAGAAGAAGAGAGAGCAGACAACGACCCACCAGAGUACAGGUACCAACCAUCACUGCAGUCAGCACGCGCCAUUCCUAAAGGCCAGCGCCUCUUCUCCAUUCCCCUCCGCCUCGCCUUCUCCUCCUCCGCCUGCUCAUCUUCCUCUUCGUCCUCCCCUCCUGAGCUUUCACCUGAGGGCUAUCUGGCGGGUUGUAUACUGCUGCAAGCAGCUGCAAGAGGAGAACGGGCGACAGAGAGCCCAUCUUGGGCGGCAGAGGGAUUGUCUUGGGCGGCACUGGCAGGGGCGCUGCUGCCGUCCGUGAGUCUGGCGAGGCCGCUGCCUCUCAUGCUGGAUGACGACCUGCGCAUGGAGCUCAGCUACAAGCCGUUGAUCGACAGGCUAGACCAGCAGGUGCAGCAGUACCAAGAUGAAUACGACGCAUGGGUAAACGCCACUGUCAGCCAGUGUACCGCAGAUAACAUGGACAUGUCUUUUGACAGCUUUCUUCAAGCUGUCGCUGCUGCUCUCUCCUUGUCCCUGCCGCUGCCCCAAGCUCCACCGCCAUCGGCACCUGAGAGUUCACCUGACAGUCCACCUGACAAUCCACCUGCCGCUCUGGGGAUAGUGCCCUUGCUGCACCUCAUGAGCCGCCCUGCUCCUGUCCAGCCAACAACAAUGGGAGCAACAGCUCCAGCAGCAGGGAAGGUGGAAGCUCCAGCAGCAGGGAAGGUGGAAGCUCCAGCAACAGCAGCACCGGCGACAGCAGCGGCAGAAUCAGCAGCGGCAGGGGUGGCAGCACAAGCAGCAGCAGUGACAGGUGCAGCUGGGGGUGGUGGAAGCAACGUGCAGUGGCAGGUGUCUAACGAUUCAAUCGAGGUCUUCGCCAGCGAGGACAUUCCGGCACACUCUCCUCUCGUCCUCGCCCCAACGCCAACGCCCACCACUCCUACUCAACAAACAGACACAGACAUGAAUGCUGCAGCACUCCUACCUCCAUCUCCACCGCAUCUGCUCUCUAACGACGAUGUUUACAUAAGCACUGGUACUGUUCCGCAGGACACGGCUUUGGACCGGGUCCUUCUCUUCCCUUCUCUCGCCCACGCCCUCCGCUCCUUCUCUCUCGCGUUUCCCUCCACUGGCCUGCCCGCUAAACUGCCCGAGAAAGAAUUUCAGAAGCAGGCAGCGACGCUGGAGAACCGUGUCGUUCGGGCAGUUCUGGAGGUGAAGAGAAAUGUUUUAAGCGCUGCCCGAGGGGUUGGAGGAGACACAGAUGGCAUGACGGGUGGCAAUUGGUAUGGGAUGGAACAGAUGUGGUUCUGGGAGAUGCGGCGACAGAAGCAGCUUGAGCACCAGAGGAGGAAGAAGGAAGGAGAGAAGCACCUGGUGAUGGGCAUGGAACAGGAGGAGAACGACAAGGAAGAAAAGGAGGAUUCAGUGGCAGGGGGGGUGGAUGCAGAGGGGCUCUUUGCAUAUCCUGAAGGGCGGAUUGACCCUGAGCUCCUCGCUUUCCUCACUGCCCUCGCCUACAUGCGCUCCACCGGAACAGAGCCCGACCCAGCACUGGUAGCGCGGGUGAGCGUGGCAGUGGCGUGGAAUCUGGACGCCACCACCACCUGCACGCACAUGCCUCCGCUCUCCCUCCCCUCCCACCCGCUCUACCUCCCCCUCUCCUCCUCCUCCUCCUCCUCCUCCUCCUCCUCCUCCUCCUCCUCCUCCUCCUCCUCUCCAUCCUCAUCACCCUCCCGUUACUCCUCAACCAAUUACAUACCGCCAUCUGUCGCCAACCUGUUACCAGCACUGCGGGCGGCAGCAGGCAUGCUAAGGCGGCUGGUCGAGAAGCUUCUGGGCGGCUUCUCCUCGUCUGUGAGCGAGGACGAGUUCAUGCUGACGUCAGCAGCCAUCUGCAGGCGCUACCGCGAUGCUGAGCGGCUGGAGGAGGCCCCAUCCGGGCUCUGCCUACCGUGGUUCAUGGGAGCACUGGAGGAGGUGCAGCAGGUGCUGCAGGUGCGGGCCAAUAAGAAGCGGUUGCUCAUCGACGCCUCUGAUUGGCUGCUGCUCGCCUGCGACCCCAAAUACGACCUGCGAUUGGACGAGGCAGCAACUGAAGGUCCUGCUACCAGGGGUGCGAGGAGAAGAGGUGGCGGGGGGGAGCAGCAUCAGGAGGCGGAGGAGGAACAGGAGGAGAGGAGCGAUGAGGAGAAGCUGAGGGUGUUUUUGGAGUGGGUGCGGGCGAGGGGGAUCCCCGACUUUGGCAAGCCGCGGUCCACCUUCGAGGUGCAAUUUCGCCAAGAGUCCAACAGCUCUUACUCUCCUUCUCUUCAAGCUCACGGGGAGUUCACGGCCUCCUUGCUGCAGGCCAAAGCACGGUCCAGGAAGCAGCUGACAGUGGUGGCAGGCCAGUCGAAGAAGAAAGGACAGCUGCUGCUCUCCAUCCCUCGCGCCCUCUGGGUAUCAACUGACCUUAUGGCGGAGGAAGCAGCGCCCUACGCCAACCCUGUGUGGACGCUUUCUGCCGGAGCUGCCUGGCUGCUUCGGGAGCAGGCUCGGGGGCGAGGCUCGGAGUGGUGGCAGUACCUGCAGAUCCUGCCGGCCUACGUGCCUCUGCCGUACCUGUUUGAUUCUGCCACGCUGGACGAGCUACAGUCACCCUCGUUUGUGGAACGCAUCCGCAUGGUGCGAGAGUACUACGAGCAACAGUACAAACUUUGCCGCCCGCCAGCCAUCGCCUUCGCCUCGCUCCACCAAUUCCUCUGGGCGCUCGCCAUCAUGAACUCCCGAGCCUUCUCUACCCCCGCACCUGGCCGCCGAACCUCCGCCGAGCCUCACACCAACGGCCACAGUGCUAGCAGUGACACCUCAGGCUUUCCUCAAGAGGAAGAGAGGGAGCAAGAGAGGGAGCAGGAGAGGGGGAGGGGGGGAAUGUUGGAGCAGCUGAUGGCACUGCCUGCGUCUGAGAGGCGGCAGUUUGUGGGCGAGCCCAUGGCUCUGGUGCCCAUUGCAGAGCUGAUCGACCACCACCACCCGCACAACGCCCAGUACAAGGUGCAGCAGAGCAGUUUUGACUUCUACGCCAGGGAGGAGGUUCAGCGCGGUGCAGAGCUCUUCACAGUGUACGGGUACAAGCCCAACCACCACCUGCUUCUGGGAUACGGCUUCGUGCUCGAUGACAAUCCCUAUGACCACGUCCGGCUCUUCCCGAACCUCUCCCGAGCCAUCCGAACCGUAGCCUCGGUGGUCUACCACCAGGAGGGGCAGGAUGUGGGGAGAGGGAUGGGGAGAGGGAGAGACGGGGAGGUUCGUCCAGGGGAGGUGGAUCUGAGGGCGGGUUUGCUCCAUGUGUGGGGCACGGGGGACUCCUUGCUGCUUCCAGGAGACAAGGAAUUGGGUGUGGGAGGAAAGGUGGGCAUGCGAGGAGAAGGGGUUGCGGUGCGUGUGAUGUGGCAGGCGACAGCAACAGCGGUGGGUGAAGUGGUGAAGGCUCGAGAGCCUGGGGGGACGUAUGCUGAAGGGAACAGCUUGCCACAGCUGCAGCUGCGGCAGCAGAUAGAAAAGCGUAGUGCAAGGGAAACGAGGGAGAUUAAAGCGGAGCAUCGUAGUGGCACAAGCACAGAGCGUACAAAAGAAGUCCUUGUAAAGGAGGUGCUUCUAAAGGAGGUGUUUGUAAAGGAGGAGGACGAAGGCGUGGGAGUGUCUGUGUGGGCGGGCGGCAUAGUGGAGCCAAAUCUGCUUGCUGCCCUCGCUGCCAGCUGGCGCGCCGUCCACAUGUCACAACCCUCCCCUGACCCACACCCAGACUACACAUCCCUGGCCAGUGCUGCCAUUCAUUACGGCUGGGCCCUCUCCACCUCCUCCUGCCACCACCUCCUCCCAAUCGGUUCCUCCUUCACACCUGCUUUAAAAGCUGCUGCUGAAACGGUCCGGCUCUUUGCCGAGGCUCGGUUGAAGCAGUUCCCAACGAGUUUGGAAGAAGAUGAGGCGGUGCUGGAGGAGCUUCGAGCAUGUGAGUCGGCAGGGCGUGCAGGGUUGAAGGUGGAGGGUUGGACGAAGGUGUUUCAUCCCAACAUCAACAGCAACGGGAGCAUUUGCUUGGACAUUCUGAAGGAGCAGUGGAGUCCGGCCUUGACCAUUUCUAAGGUACUUUUGUCGAUUUGCUCCAUGUUGACGGAUCCGAACCCAGAUGAUCCUCUGAGUGUGCUCUCGGUGAUUCUGGGUGGGGGAGCCAGCGCAAAGCUUUACCCGUUGACGAAGGAGCGAGCAACGCCUGCUGUGCCGUUGGCCGCGAAUUACAGGCUGAUCGACAUCCCCGUUAGCAACUGCUUGAAUAGUGACAUAGAUCGGAUCUACGUUCUCACUCAGGUCAAUUCCGCAUCGCUCAACCGUCACUGCUUCACAGCAUAUGCGCCGUGCCUGAGUGGUUACCAGACCAAGGGCUUUGUGGAAGUGCUCGCAGCGGAGCAGAGCCCGGAUAAUCCAAAUUGGUUCCAGGGAACGGCGGAUGCGGUGCGUCAGUACAUAUGGCUGCUGGAGGACCACAACCCGCAGGAGUAUCUGAUCCUCGCGGCCGACCAGCUGUACCGGUGCGAUUACCGCAGAAUAAUCAAGUGCCACCGGAGUGCUGGUGCUGACAUCACCGUCGCCGCGAUCCCUGUUGACAGAGAGCGGGCGACGUCGUUUGGGAUCAUGAAGGUUGAUGAGGAUGGGCGUGUGACUGAGUUUGCUGAGAAGCCUCAAGGAGCAGAGCUCGACAAGAUGAAGGUGGACACAACGAACGUGGGUCUGGAUCCCGAGGAGGCAGCGAAGCGGCCCUUCAUAGCGUCCAUGGGGAUCUACGUCAUCAGCAGGGAGGCUCUGCCUCGCCUGCUUCUCGAGCAAUUCCCAGACGCCAAUGACUUCGGGCGGGAGGUCAUCCCUGCUGCCUGUGCUAAUGGAUCCAAGGUGCAAGCUUACAUCUAUGAUGGGUACUGGGAGGACAUUGGGUCCAUUGAUGCGUUUUACCACGCCAACCUCAGACUCACCAAGCCUAACCCCCCCUUCACGUUCUAUGAUCGGUCGGCUCCCAUUUUCACUCAGUCCCGCUCUCUGCCUCCUUCCAAGCUGAACAACGUUGACAUUUCUGGCAGCGUUAUUGGGGAAGGCUGCAUCUUGCAGGAGUGCGCCAUUCACGACUCAAUGGUGGGCCUGCGGUCGAUAGUUGGUGCCGGGUCAUCCAUCCACGACAGCUUGCUGCUAGGAGCUGACUACUACGAGGAUGAGGAUGAGUUGCAGAGGGUACUUGCAUCUGGCCAGUUGCCCAUUGGUGUUGGGCGGAAUUCCGUCAUCAAGGGAGCUAUCCUAGACAAGAACGCGCGAAUCGGAGACAACGUGCAUAUUAUCAACAAGGACGGAGUUCAAGAGUCUAUUCAGGAAGAUUCUGGCUUUGUCAUCAACAAGGGGAUUGGCUCUCAGGGUUCGCGGCUCGCAGCCGCGUCGGCACGAGAGGAAGAGUGGGACCUGUGCGAGGAUUUCCGGGAAGAUCUAGGGGAUGACCGCAGAGACGAUCGCACAGAUAGUCGCAGAGAUGAUCGCAGAGCUGAUCGCAGAGAUGAUCGCAGAGAUGAUAUCAGCGGCGAACGCGGCGGCGGUUCCCGUGGGGACGUGUGUGAAACCCUACGCGACGAUUGGACCGCCGUGUGUGAACCGCCGAUUCAUCCUCACCACCCUCUCGAUCGCUCCAUAGGCGGCCCGUUGGAUCAAUCCGGGAGAUCGCCACCGUUGAUAGGAGGGGAGUCAGCGCGGAUAGGUCCGGCUGCUGACACGUGUCAAGAGUCGGUGCGGAUAGGCCCUGCUCCGUCGGCAUCGGAGGUGGCUCACGCGGCGAGGCAACUCCACGCGAGCAUUCAGUCGCUUCCCAGCCACUCCGUGUCGGCCAAUCAGCUGGUGACAGAUGUGCGCAGAAGAGCCGUGCAGGAGGGCGGGCGGGACAGGCGUGUGCUGGUGGUCUCACACGCCUUGGAGCUCUUCUCUAGGGAUGCAGAAUUACAGAGCGCAGUGACGUCAGUGGCUCGCGACCCGGCAGUGUGGGCGGCCAUAGGCAGCAACCCAGACGUGCAGCGGCUGAUUGGUCGCAGGAGAAGGAAUAGAGCGCCUGCGCCUUCCCUCACCUCUGCUGCUGCUGCUGCUGCUGCUGCUGCUUCUGCUGCAUUGUCACUACCACAAGCCAAUCGAGACUCCAGCUCCUCUCGACCGCUCGUACCUUAUGAGAAUGCUCUUGCACCAUCACCGCCCGCGUCCCCGCCGUCGCCAUCAGUGGUAUCCGUGGUUUCUCACUUGCUGGACCAGCUCUCGUCCUUGCCAGGGUCUGCUUGGGGCUCGCUGCUGCUCCUGCUGGGUGCUGAUCAUCAUGAUUCUAUAGAGCAGAUGAGCGAGAGCAGCGAGGAGGGGGCUGACGGGGAGGAGGAGGAAGAGGGGAAAGAAGAGGAGGAGGAAGAGGGAGAACGCGGGAGUUAUCCGCAGCAGUUGUGUGGUAGUUUGCAUGGUACCUACCGAGCUGCUCCCGCUGCUGCUGUUCAGCAUGGUUACAGAGGUAAAUUGGGCGAGGAGGGGUGCGAGGAGGAGGAAGAAGAGGAGGAGGGAGGAGAUAGUGGGGGCGGUGGGGGCUGUGUGGAAGGGGCGCACGGAGAAGAAGAAGAGCACGGAGGGCCGGAAGUGGUGCCCGCUGUUGCAGUUCUCGUGAUUCUCCUUCUCGGGAUCAUCGUAUUCAACAGGCCGCUUUCCUGA